AUGGGAAAUUAUUGUCAUUCAGAAGAGACUCCUAAAUCUGAAAAACCCACUCUUAGGGACUCAAAUAAAGGAAAACUUGUUUUUCAGAAUUUAAUUUUGACUAAUACAUAAUUUAUAGAAUAAUGUAAGGACUCGUAUUUCAUAUAAUUCCACAAAGUAUAUUCAUAAGUCUUAAUUAGAAUAUUGUUGAAAAAGACAUAGAGUCAUUAUCAAAAUUUAUGAAUUAAAAAAUGCUAGAUUCUUCUAUAAAAGGAUCCUAUCCAACAGAAGAAGAAAAAUAAAUAAUUUCGAAGAAUAUUUCUAAAGAUAUUCAACAAAGAGAAAAACAUCUUUAUAAUUAACUCAUCUUUCAUUAUAAUUAAUUCCUUAAUGAACUUUUCGAAUUAGAUUAGAAUUUGUAAUUAAUUACUAAAUCAAAUUAUAAUGCAGGAGAUGUUAGAGUAAACGCUCAAUUAAUUAGAAAUACAUUCGUCAAGCGUAGUUUGUCAGAUAAUCAUAGAUUUUAAGAGCAAUUAUUAUUAGAUGAAAAUAUUCCACAUAAUACAUAUAUCGAUUAAAAUUUAAGCCGAUAAUUUCGAGAAAACAAACAAUUGGCAAAUUUAUUUUUGGAUCAACUAAGUUGUAUCUUUAAAUUAUGCUAUUUAAUACUUGAAUAUGUCUAUUCAAACUAUAUCUUAUCAAUAUUUGGAACAUCUAUUGAUUCAUUCACAGAUCGUUACCUAUUGAUAUCAAAAAUAUAUUAAAAAAAUAUCAUCGAAUUAAAUCCAGACAUUUAAAAAUUGAUUACUGCAGCAAUUUAAGCUAAAUAUGAGAAAAAAUCCUCUUUAAUUAAGUCUGAACAUAUGUCUCCAGCAAUUUUAUAACCUCAAUUAAUUCCUCAAACAGUUGAUAGUAUUAUAAGUCAUGAAUCUGAAAUAUAAUUGUUAGAUUCUAUUGAGAAAAACUUAAAAUAUUAACAAUAAGAUUAGCAAAUAUAAAAUACUUAACAAAAUUUUUAUUACUCUUAAACCUUCUCUACAAUUGACAAGAUUAUCAAUUGUAAAAUGCCUUGGUUAAAGUUUAAGUUAAUAGGAAAGUUGGAUUAAUAAAUUGUUGAUAUUUUCUUAUAAUAUCGAUCAUAAAGUUAAAUAGCUCAUUUUAUAGAUGUAAUUAAACCUGAAGAUUCAAAAGUUGAAGUCUUACUUUAUAUCUUGUAGAGGUAUAUGUCAUCAAGAAAGAAUUUGAAUUUGCCUUUAUGCUACUAUGAAUUAAGAUGGAUGUAGGAGGAUGACAAUGUUUUACAUAAAAAAGUCAAAACUAUAACUAGUCCUUACUUCAGUAGAUUUUUAUCCUUAUAUGAAAUUUCUUUUAAAAAUUAUCAAAGAAAAUAAGCGCAACUUUUAUAUAAUUGA